AUGGCUACUCACGUUAUGACCUCAACCACUCCGGCCAGCCAGAUUUCGGUCUAUGGUCAACCUUCUCCCACCAACUCCGCCAAUAAUUCUGCCACCAAUACUCCCUCCAACAAUUCCCCCACCUCCCCUCGUAUGGCCACCGCCUCGCUGCACCAGUUGCCCUUGCAGUCGCGUCAACUUCGUCCCCUCAAGGGACCUCUAUACGUUCCAGCUGCUCUGCGCCCAACUGAGCGCCCCCAGAAAUCUUCGCCCAUUACUCCUCCGCGCAGUGUGCAUGGUUCACUCGACAGUCUUGAGCACACUGAACCUAUCAGCCGUCGCUCCACCAUGGAGAGCCAGUCCAGCGAGAUUAGCCAGGUCGCCCAGCAUGAAUGGAUGAAGACUGAGGAUUUGGGUGAAGUCACCGGUCUGCCAACUCGCGAGCACUGGAAAGCUGACUCGGCCUCCUCCAAUUGUGAUUCUCCUACCUGUCGCUCCUCCUUCGGCAUCUUCCUGCGUCGCCACCACUGUCGUCACUGUGGCCACGUCUUCUGCGCUGCUCACACUCCUCACCUUGUGCCUCUGGACCAGAAUGCUCGCUUCCACCCCGAUGGUGUCCCAUCCCGUGCCUGCGAUCUCUGCUGGAGUGCCCACCUUCGCUGGGAUGAGACUCGCACGGAGCGCCUCAAUAAGAUCCAGACCAACAUGAAUACUCAGCACGGUGUUUCGAUGCCUGAAUCUGAUCAUCUCGAGAACUCCGAGUCCAAUGCUCAGUCUGGGGAAGUCGCUGCCUCUGUUCCCCGUGACUGGAACUGGAGCACUUUCUAA